AUGUUCCUGGAGUGCAGCAAUCUCAAGGAUGCCAACGGGCAGAGAGAACGGGCCGUGUUCUUGACACACUGUGGGCCCGCGGUAUUCAAGAUGGCCAAAGCACUGGCCAAGCCCGCCGACCGUGAGGGCGAAACCGUUGGCGACUUUGUGGCCCAACUAAGGAACCUAGGGGGCCUGUGCGGGUUUGCCGAACUGGGCGAGGCUUUAUGCGACCGAGUCGUCCUCGGGCUCAGAGACCCCGUACUGCAGAGCCGGCUGAUGGCUAAAGGCAACAUCUCCCUCGUCGACGCCCUCCCCAAGGCAACCGCAGCCGAGGCCACCCGCAAAUCGGCGGCCCGGAUGAGGCAGGCGAACGCAAUGGAACGGCCAUCAACCAAUGAAGCAACCCCAGCAAUGCGCCUAGUGCCAACCAUCCGCCGCCAUGAGCUAGACGACCAAAAACUAACUCUGAAGGACUACCAGGGAAACCGCAUCCCCGUAGCCGGCAUCGGACAUUUUAAAGUCACGUUCAAAGACCACACCGAGGAUCCAAUGCCAAAUGCUUCCUCUGUGCUUCUGGGACCCACUCCCAAUGCUUCGCUCCCUCCAUCCGAUGACCGUGAUGAUGCUUUGGCUCAGGCUGAAAUUGCCAUUUUGGCUUCCAUCUUCCUGCUGGCCACUCUGAGCAAUGCCCUGGUGCUCGGAGCUCUGUUCCGCCAGGGUCACCGGGCCAGCCCAAUGCAUCGAUUCAUCCAACACCUCUGCCUGGCCGAUAUGACGGUGGCCCUCUUCCAAGUGCUCCCUCAGCUCAUUUGGGACAUCACUGAUCGCUUCCAAGGCCCAGACAUCUUAUGCCGUGGCAUCACUUACUUGCAGGUAGUCGGCAUGUUUGCUUCAUCCUAUGUUAUUGUGGCCAUGACCUAUGAUCGCUACUGUGCCAUUUGCCGGCCCAUGCUGGCUUUUCGGAGAGGGACAAGAUUACGGCAUCGACCUGUGCUAUUGGCAUGGAUAGCAUCCUUCCUCCUCAGCCUCCCACAGCUUUUCAUCUUCUCCAAGACAGAACUGCCCAGUGGAGCCCAUGAGUGCUGGGCAGCCUUUGCUGAACCCUGGGGAGCCCGGGCUUAUGUCACCUGGGUGACUCUGAUGGUCUUUCUCCUUCCCACCUUCUUCAUUGCCACCUGCCAAGGCAGGAUCUUCUGCGAGGUCUACCACAGCCUGCGUUUGGGGCCAGAAGCCACCCUGGCUCGUAGGGGGAGCCAACAAGGGUCAUCCCCUAUAUCUGGUGCUGUAGCUAAGACUCUCAAGAUGACACUGGUCAUCGUGCUCAUCUAUGUAUUCUGCUGGGCUCCCUUCUUCCUAGUACAACUGUGGGCUGUUUGGGAUCCUCAAGCACCUACUCAAGGCCCAGCUUUCACCCUCCUGAUGCUCAUUGGCAGCCUCAACAGCUGUACAAACCCCUGGGUCUAUGCCACAUUCAGCAACAGCAUCUCAAGUGAAUUGCGCCAAAUCUUCUGCCCCAGAUGGGCCCACCGGCAAGUUGGCUCCCUGUAUGAAGACUCCAUUCUCACGGGCAGCUUCUCACUGGGCCGAGACACUCUUUCCUGA